UGCAAAACGACGUCGUGUGGAGGAAUUCAAUCUCAGAAUGAAUAACGAGACGUUGAAUCCAACCAUCUUCACCUCUAGAACACUUGUUGUUCUGAAACUUGAGAAAGUAGAAGUUGAAGCUGCAACUUUAUAUGUUGAUCUUCCAUCUCUCAAAACCCUACAUUUGAAAUUUGUCCGUUUUGAAAAUCAGAAUGAUAUCAAAAGAGUUCUUAACGCUUGUCCUAAUCUACAAGAUCUGCAUACUUGUUAUCCUAGCUUUAUAAGACGCGAGGAGAAUAAUGAAGAUGGAGAGUUCAAAUCAUUGUUCUUGUCUAAAUUGGUUAGAGCUGAAGUUGGUUCAAUCGAUGUUCCGUUUAAUUCGAUUUGUAAUGUCGAGUAUUUGCGCAUGAUCAGGGCACAGGAGCCAUCUUUGGAGAUGAAUGUUGAAGAGAUCUUCAAAGGCAUUCCGGUGUUUCGAAACUUAAUUCAUGUUGAGUUAUGGUUUUAUGGAUUCUUUCAUGGUUGGGAUGGUGUAGUAGAAUUGCUCCGGCAUUGUCCUAAGCUUCAAAUUCUUUUCAUUAGAAAGUGGAAUACCGGCUUAUCCAAGGAUUGGGACUGCCCAAUAUUGGAUCUUGAAUGUGUUUCGUCUCACCUUAGAUCAUGUACUAUUUUAAAUUUUGAUGGCUCGGAGAAUGAUCUUCGAUUUUCAAGGUAUAUUUUGCAGAAUGCGAGGAUUUUACAAGAUAUGACGAUCAAUGUUACUACUAGCUCCUCAAAUGGAAUGCAAAAGCAUCAAGUUAUUGAAGAAUUAUCUUCCUGUCUAAGGAUGUCGCGGGGAUGUGAACUUUCAUUUGAAUUUAAGUAGUCUACUAGAAUUAUCAUUAUUGUUUCUCAUUAGUACCUAUUAUGCAACAAGUAAAUUUGAUGGUUUGGUGAUUUUUUUUGUAUGGUGGAAUUCUAGGGAAGACAACCAUUGUUGCUUGAAAUCGAUUCUGUUCUGAUGCUUUUAAGACAGUUUUAUUUUGCUCUGAUGCAUUGAAAGUGAGAAUAUUCCAUGUCUUGUAUUAGAAGUUAUCCUCCUAUUGUCAGAGUUGUUUGAUUGUGAUAUUCUAAUUGUUUUCACACAUGUUGCUGCAACUAUUAUCCUUUCUUUGAAGUUGAAUAAUCUCCUCUCUUCGAAUUUUUUUGAUGUUGAACUAUUCUUAACCAACUACCUUAUAUUGUACUUUCUUUUUCUAGAAUUGAGUACUUCUUUGAAUUUUGUAUCCCUAUUCAACUUAACUGAUUUGUCUCUGUCCCAUUUACUUAUUUGGUCCUGCGACAUCGGCACAUUUAUCCUAUAACCUUCAUAGCUGAUACACGUUUGAAGAAACUCUAAGCUGAGCGGCUUCAAGUUUCUUAUCAUGUGGCAUUGCUCAAUCCCCUAUAUGUUUCUUGUAAUAUCGGUGGGGGUCAACCCAAGUAUAAGGGACAUUUUGGACCCUUAUUGGAAAGCCGAAGAGUGAUUAUGUUGAAUGUGGUUCUAACUAACAUUUCA